AUGAAUCCCGGUGCGCUUUUAUCGGUGCUGCUUUUGGGGAUCGUGCUCAUCGCUUCAGCUCAGAGAGCUGUGGGUCCAGCCGGCUCGCCAGGCCCUGCCGGUGUUCCAGGAGUCGAUGGGAUCGCGGGUGAAAGAGGCGAGGACGGAGACGACGGUUCAGCUGGAGUUGACGGUGAUCCUGGGAAACCGGGGUCGUCGGGUCUUCCGGGGCUGCCCGGAGCUGACGGUUUGACCGGCCCCAGGGGAGACGCUGGGCCUGACGGACCUCCCGGACAAAAGGGGGAGCCUGGGAAACCUGGACCUCGUGGAGAAGCUGGUGUCGGACCUGAUGGAGCUCAGGGACCACCCGGACCUGGUGGACUUCCCGGAGAGCUUGGGAAAAACGGCCCCCCUGGGGCUUUGGGUGUCAGAGGACCACAAGGACCCCGUGGGUCACCAGGACCUCGCGGUGCAGCAGGAGCUCAGGGUGGAACCAUGGGGCUGUGCCCGAACGCAUGCCAACAUGGUGCGCCCGGGUACCCUGGACUACCCGGCAUGAAGGGCCACAAAGCUGCGAAGGGGGAGGUCGGAGAACCUGGUAAACAGGGCCACAAGGGAGAGGAAGGAGACCAGGGUUCUCCCGGAGAGGUCGGAUCCCAAGGCCCGACCGGUCCACAGGGAACUCGAGGGGCGACAGGAAUGAUGGGCGCCAAAGGAGGAAUGGGAGCUCGGGGGAACGAUGGACAACCAGGUCCUCAGGGUGUCUCAGGAGCAAGUGGUGAUCAAGGCCAGAGGGGGGUAAUGGGAGAGCGUGGACCUCAAGGGGAACAAGGAUCCCAGGGGGCAAGAGGGAUUACUGGUCUUCCAGGUCCGAAGGGUGACGGCGGUUUGCCCGGUGUAGACGGACGUGAAGGAAUCCCAGGACUGCCCGGAGCCAAGGGCAACUCCGGGAAAUCUGGAGCACCGGGUGAGGUCGGACUGCAGGGACUCCCGGGUUUUCCUGGAGUACAAGGAUCAAAGGGAGCUUCAGGUGAAAAGGGCCCCGUCGGACAGCCUGGCCUGCUUGGAACUAUGGGAUCGGCUGGAAAAGGGGGAGAACGUGGAGAACCAGGAGAGGUCGGGCCUCUUGGGCCUGUUGGUGGACCGGGAGACCGAGGUGAGCCUGGACCGGCUGGACCAAUGGGGAAACCAGGAGCCAGAGGCCCUAAAGGUGACUUGGGUCUGCCUGGAUUCCCUGGAUCCCCGGGUGUACCUGGAGAAAAAGGAGGAAGGGGUGAGUCGGGUGAACCAGGACCCAAAGGAGGACAGGGGGAACCAGGUGCUGAGGGAAAUCCUGGAGACAAAGGAGACGUCGGUGAUGCCGGGAAGUCUGGUCCUAAAGGAGAGACCGGUAAUCCGGGAGAACCAGGGAACAAAGGUCCUGAGGGGGCACGUGGGCAGCCUGGAAUCGAAGGACCCACUGGUAGCCCCGGACCCCGUGGUGUCCAAGGUGACAGAGGAUCUCCAGGACCUCGAGGCUCCCAGGGUCCAGCGGGAAAGGAACCAAAUGAUCAGCACAUCAAACAAGUCUGUAUGCGAGUAAUGCAAGAACAACUAGCACAGUUAGCCGCCAGUCUGCGGAGACCCGAGUCCGGAGCUCCCGGGCUUCCCGGCAGGCCCGGACCUCCUGGUUCUCCUGGUCCCUCAGGAGACAGCGGUUUCCCUGGACAGGCCGGUGCCAGAGGACUCCCCGGCCUUAAGGGACCACCUGGACCGAUCGGUCUGAAAGGGCCUAAAGGUGAACUGGGAGACCGAGGAGACAGAGGACAGACAGUGCGAGGUCCUAAAGGGAUGCUAGGACCGCCCGGGUUGCCAGGCGAACCUGGUAAACCCGGCUACGGCCAGGAUGGUCGCGACGGACCGAGCGGUCCACCCGGUGUUCCCGGACAGCCCGGAGUCCCCGGACCCCCUGGCUCCGCCGGCCCUCCCGGCUACUGUGAUCCGUCGGCGUGCAACCUCAGCAUGGGCGUUCAGUCCCAGACGGAUGUCAAGGGGCCGGCCGGGAACUGAAUUUCCUCUGGAAGAAGGGGACUACAGCAGAAAGGACUGAAACGUAGAACACAAGAUCGCUAGAGCUUGGGAUACGUCGGUCGUGGCAAAGUGGAGGGUGCAUACAACGAGCUACAGCGUAAAACCGAACCUCCAAAUGUGGUCUCCAAAAUGUGGAGACUGGGUUAUAAAGAAGAGGAACUAUUUUGUUACCUUGCAAAAAAAGUAUCGUGACAAUUUAUUGAGGUAUCCAGGUGAUAUGGUCACAUCGCCAAGCCCUAAACCCAAAUAAUGUACUAUACUGUGUUUAUAAAUAUGUACAAAGAUUUAAGAAGUCCUGUUAAUACAAUAAAAGGGAGUAAAAAGGGA